GGGUGCAAGUGAUGAUGGACAUCGUAUUGAUUUCUAUCUGCCCGCUCCUCCCUUAUUGUGCAGGGCGCGCCAUCGAUCGUUGCACCGGCCCUAAAUUAACACCCUCGCGGUCACAGCGGCCCCGAUGGCCGCGGCCGACGAUUUUUGCGUUGAGUCCCAAGUGCUCGUGCGUGUAAUGUGUUUUUAAAUCUCAUUGUCACCGGUCACGUGGAUGUGUUUUUACGUGCUUGGAUUGUUUCUCGUUGCGACAUUAAUUAUUUAUUAAUCGACUAUUAACUGUUAAUAUUGAUUACCUAAAUUACUGUUCAAUUAGACAUUGUAUAAAUAGGUGCAACUGCAUUGUUUGUUUAAUUGUGUUAUGCAAUUGAGUGCAUUUGAACUCAAACCAAUACUCACAACAUAAGCUUUAAUAAAAAAAAAGAAACACAGACGCUCAAACGGAACGCGAGUCUGCGGACGCUGAAAAAAAAAGUAAAACGCAUCAAAGAUUAAAUAAAGCACGGAGAAGUGACAAUCGCAAAAGUGGCGACGCUAGGGGCUCGCGUGGAAUGCGCGGGAGCGGAUCUGUUUAGCGUGCGCGCACGCCCCGACAGCGCCGUGCCGCCCUCCGAGCAGCCGGCCAUGGCGACCGAGACCGCUCGGUUGCACGCAGGCGGCGCCGCGGGCGAGCAGCAGUACUCGCUGCGCUGGAACGACUUCCACUCGGCCAUGGUGUCGUCGUUCCGGCGCCUGCGCGACGAGGAGGACUUCGUGGACGUCACGCUGGCAUGCGCCGGCGCCACCUUCACAGCGCACAAGGUGGUGCUAUCAGCCUGCAGUCCGUACUUCCGAAGAUUAUUGAAAGCGAACCCGUGCCAGCACCCCAUUGUUAUCCUGCGAGACGUUCACGACAAAGACAUGGAAAGUUUACUAAGGUUCAUGUACCAGGGCGAGGUCCACAUAGGCCAAGAGCAGUUAAAAGAGUUCCUAAGAGCGGCGCAGCUGCUGCAGGUCCGAGGGUUGACGGACGUUCCUCCACCGGCACCGCUGCCGACGCUGGACCAGAAGGCUUCACCAUCAGCAUCAUCAUGGACAGAGACGGGCAGCGGAGGGUCCCGCGAGGGUCGGGAGCCGCAGCCGCGCGAGGGCCGCCGCACUCGCCGCCCCGACGAGGGCGCCCCCUGCACCCCGCCGCCCAAGCGCGCGCGCUCCUCAGACCUCUACCAGGCGCAGAUGAAGACCAGGUAUGGGAGGACGGAGCAACUGUUGGCGGUGCAAGGCGCGAGCCCGGAGCGACUGGGCACCAACGGCCACGAGCUGGCUCUGUUCAGCCAGGCGCUGGAGACUGCACAAAACCCGCACCUCACCGGCGUGUCCAAUCAUCUGUCAGGUGACGGCGACGAGUCUUCGUCGGACGCGGGCGCGAGCGACACAGAAGGCGAGAACAGAGCCAAGCAGGAACCUGUGGAUUAUGACGAUCCCAGCACCAUGGCCAAUACCAACGGCGCUCUCCCGCCUAACUUCCCGGGGCUACUCAACUUGCCAGGAUUUCCCGGCUUGCCAGGACCUUCAGGAAUCCCAGACAAUUUCGGCGGCUGUCGUAGAACGCAAGAUCUUCUGCGCGUGCGAGCGACCGAUCCCCGGCCGUGCCCCAAGUGUGGAAAGAUCUACCGAUCCGCGCACACGCUGAGAACGCAUCUUGAAGACAAACACACUGUGUGUCCUGGAUACCGCUGUGUCCUCUGUGGAACGGUGGCCAAGUCUCGCAACUCGCUCCACUCGCACAUGUCGCGGCAACAUCGCGGCAUCUCCACCAAGGACCUCCCAGUGCUGCAGAUGCCGACACGUUUCGACCCAGAACUCGCCAGCCAAUUAUUAGCAAAAGCAGGAGUGAAGGUAUCACCAGAACAGCUAAGGGCACGAGCGUCGCCCACCGGCCCCCGUCGCUCGGACAUCAAGCUGGACGCCAAGUCUGCUGCCUCUGAGAACAGCUCCCUCUGUGGUGACAACGAUGACGACCUCAGCCAAUCAAAAUACCAGGACUCCAUACCCGUCUCUCCUCCACAUAUAAACAACUUGACGAACACAACAAUCACAAAAGUGCCAGCAGUCAGGGCAGUCACCGCCAAAGCCGUGGAGAGCCUGCCACAUGGCCUCACCGCUAUGAAGCACGACGACUACCCGCCAGGGUUCGGGGGAGGCUCUGCCAUACUGGACACCUAUCUGCAGUAUAUCGGAGAGAACGUGUUUGGCAUGAACGCAGCAAAAUUGGCACAAAUCAACGCAAUGCACAUGGACAGAAAAACUUACGACGAACCUUCACCGCAAAUGGGAUCAUUACCACCCCCGCCCACCACACUAGCCCACCAGCGCUUCUUAAAGCAAAUGCAAAGGCAGUACACCGAGAACAUGGGCAAACCCGACAUCAUGCGAGACUCGGACGAACCAUUGGACCUGGGGAAAGAGAGACAGAGGAACGACAGCAUCAGUGAAGCGGAAACGGAUAAGCAAGACAUGCUAGACAAGGACAUGAAUAAGGAUUAUUACAAAGGUUACAAUGACGAUGACAGAAAUAGGGGGAAUUGUGACCAGGAUCAGGAGCACAGCGGACAAGACGAAGGCGACUACUCCGAGGACGAACACAACAAGAUCCCGUCUUCAUGAAAUGAUGCUGUGAACUAGUUUUCCAGUGGAACUGUUACGUUUUGUUGAUGGUUUUGAAACGGUGCUUGAGUGUUAUGUUACGUCAUUAGCUGAUUCAUUUUAAUUACGGUUUUAUUGUUGACCCGUGGAAUGUCGUUGGUGCCAUUGACCGAUAUAAUGUACAUUUUUAAGGACUGGGUCGAUCUUUUACGUGGAACUGUGGAAGAAUUCGGCGUUUACAUACGAAUGGUAUAUUCCUUGUGAAGGUGUUAGGCCGCUAGUUCGACCCGCGUACACAGUAGCAGCUAUACCGUCGACUCGUCACUUGUGAGAUUGUUUAGUAGUAAAUAACUAGUGAGUAGUAAGUUUAUCGUAUAUGUGAGGUCCCUGACACGUAGGGCCGCUUACAUAGUAAUUCCAUCCAACUACCUCAACAUUCGGGCCAAUAAGGCGACAUUAUAUAAAAAAAUCCACACAAAUUGUGAAAUUCCAUCCAUCUACCUCACUUCAAUAGAUUUUAUUUAAUAUUUUAUACAAUUUAUAGAUAUAAUAACUGUUGUUUUAUGCAUUUUGCAGAUUGCAUUUAUAUAUACUAUAUAGAGUAUAUCGUAGGUAAAAUAUUACGCGAGUCAUUAGGUGGUUCAGCGCUGCCCGUAGAUAAUAUAUCUUUACCGUUUUAUUUUUUAUAGAGAAACGCACUCACUAGAGAAAUAUUAGACUGUCACGACCGUAGCGAGUAACAUAUUACCUUUAUAUCGAAUGGAUAUGCACCUAUACAUAUAUUUAGGAGAAAACAAGAUAUCUUUGUAUACGAACAAAUAUAACAGAGCUUAAAGUUAAAAAUAUUUAUCGAUGUGCGUUCGAUGAAUCGCUGAUUUUAUAUAUCGUAUUGCAAGAGUUAACGAUGCAAUACGAGUGUUUUAAAACUCAACAUCUACUGCCUUGAGACUGAAUAUUUUCCAAGGAUAAGUAUUUUCAUAUAUCUGUGUAUUCUCAAGCGAUUCGUGAAUAUAUUUAAAAAAAAGUUCAAAUUCGACAUAAUGAAAAGAGAUCGUAUUGACGCGUUGUACAUAAUGUGGUGAUAUAUAAAAGUACAUAAAUAAUAAACAAAUAGAAACAAAAGCAAUAAAUAAAGUAUACCUUGAUGUUGCCUUCGAAUUCGUGUAAAUAAGUGGGUAGUUUACAGAUUGUGAUUGUGUUGUUUUGACAAAAGGGCCAGAACCCAGAGCUGUAAAGCCAGCAAAAAGUCGUUUCGCGGGCAGGUGUCAUUCUCGACAGUCGAUACAAUACUGAGAAAGAGUAUAUUCUUUGUAAUGAUGUGGGCUCGUUACUUGAAUAACAUUACUGUGAUUACAAUCUCAUAUUAGCCUUCGAUAAUUAUACAUAUUUUUUAGAGUACAAUGUUAUAGUUAUUUAGUAUAUCGUAAGAUUAUUUGUAAGCGAGUCACAAAAAAUAUUUACUUCCCAAACGUUAGGAUUCACUUUAUUUAAGAAUUUAGAGCAAUAGGUGAAGCAUUUAACCUUUUUUAUGUGAGAGGAAUGGGAGAUUUUGAGUUUUCCGACUUGCCACACCGUAGCUGUCAGUUUUGACAGCGCGUUUAUACUGUGCUCAUGUAUUACGAAACUUUGAUACAAUGCGUAACCCGAGGCUGGAAAAAUACAGUUUUAUAGAUAGUGCUAUAAUAAUAAUUUCAGGCAAUUACGAUUGCGACGGUAAAGGUUACACCGGCAAUUAAAAUUCCGCAAUUACAGGCAAUUUAUCUAUUGAUCAAUCUGGAGCAAUUAUUUUGCAUACAUUGCUCGAAAUUUUAAAUAUUGCUGAGUAUUGCCGCAAAUUGCUUCAUGUGAUCGUGACGUCAUUAUUGACUAAAUUGCCUGGAAUUGCGGAAUUCAAUUGCUCGUGCAAGCGUACCUUUACAUCAAUCACAAGUUUCGUAAUACAAGAUCUGUGGUGCGGAUGAUGACAAGUUCGCAUAAUACAAGUAGAAUAAGUGCUACGGGUUGAUUGAAUAUUAUUUUUUAGUAAGUUAGUGAGAUUUGACGGGUUGCGUCAGUUUGGUUUUGCGUUAAACAAAAUAGUGCGUCCACACUAGCUGCAGAUCUGUUAGCGGCGUUACUAAACACUAGAUACUCGUACUAGGUAACGGAACGAAGCGGCGCUAAUCAAUCUAUCUCACUCACACGCUAUGAACAGGUAUACUGUGUAAAUGAGGUCGACUGAUUAGCACCGCUUUUUUCGAUUCGUUUAUUCAUUUCAUGUAAUAAAUGUACGCAUAACGCGUGCCAACAGAACAAGGUGGUGUUUAUCAUUCUGUCUCAUUCACACACUAUACUGUGUAAGUGAGAUAGACUGAUUAACAUCGCUCUUUUCGAUUCGUUUCUUUGGCAAGAGAACAUACCAUUUAAAACGGUUAAGUUCUGCAGCUAGUUUGGGUCCACUAUAACCUUGUUGACAGUUAACGGUGUUGCCAUAGUAAGUAAUUAUUAUUUUUGAAUGUAAAUAAGUUUUGAUUGUUUAGACGAGAGAAGUGUGCUUAUUUUUGUCAUUACGUUAUAGAAGGUUGACUUGUUUAGAAUAUACGCAGGUACAUAGUCGUUGAAGCACUGUACACUUUACAAUAGUCAGUUACCAGAAUGUGAUUAAGAAAUAUAUAUUUUUUCAGAACACAGUUUUGCAUACCACAAGUUAAAUAUAGCGGACAGUGUUGAAGUUACAUCGGAGGUGUUUACCUUCAUUUUAACCGAUUUCCAAAAAAAAAGGUCCUUAUUCCUGUAUGUUUUUCUAUUGUUUUAUUGAUAGCCUAAAGCUGAAGAGUUUAAAAUGUCUAUUCUAUUCAUCCAUUUUUAGACCAACCGAGGAUCUUCAAAGCAGUUCAUUUUAAUUUUCUAUUACAAAUACUAAUAAUAUUACUGCACGUUUUUGUAUGGUUUGGACAGAGGUUUUCUUCUAGUUUAUCGUAUAUAAAACGAAAUAUGUUUAUGUUGAUUGUGUGGGUUUGUAAUUAAACAAAGAAUUUAACAGAUUUCUUCUUAUAACGCUCUAUGCUUGUCACUAGAUAAAAAAUCCGUAAUGCCUGACAUAAGCGAAACUGCGAUGUAACUUCGAACAUCGUCUCAUUCGUUGUUGAUUAUACUAUAUAAUUAUAUACCAGUGGAGAUAUUAUGAUAUUUAGGGCUUUAAGUCGAUCAUUAUGCUCUUAGUAUUGUGUAUAAAGUAUGUUUAGUUACCUUUUUGAACUUUCAAAGUUCGGCAAUGACUGCUAAUCUUUUGUACACCAAACAUGCACCAAACUUAUGAAAAUUAGGUUGUGUUCACUAAAAUUUGCAGAAGUUAGAUCUGGCAAAGUUUUACUUUUCAAUGGAAAACAAGAGAAACCUUUUUUACCGACCAAUCUCCUGCGUGUCUCCUUCAAGCUACUCGACAUUGACGAAGUGCAUUGUGCUGGGUUGGCACUACAAUAAGCCAGUCUAUCAAGUAACGUGAAGUGAAGAGAAACCUUUCAAAAAUCGAUAUUGACAUUAAAACAACACCUGACUUCUGCAAGUUUUAUGGCUAAUGGACAAAAGUUCAGAAGUGGGAUGCAGUUUUAAUUUACAAAGCAUAAUAAUUAGUUUACCCAAAUAUAUAUUUGGAAAAAUCUAUUUUGAAUGAUGAAUGACAAAUAAAGUCUAUUUGUCAUGAUCCUACUAAGAAGUGUUGUUUUUUUAGUAGUUUUAUGACAACCAUAGUAAUACUAGUGCCAUCCUCCUUAUUACAAUGUUCAGUUUAGAAAGGGAUGGCUAGUUUUUUGUACUGUCAGGGAAGUUUAGUGUACAAAAGAAUUGGUAGCAUUAUCAAUUUUUGUUUUAGUCCCCCGACUAUACCUCAUUAGUCUGCAUAAGAUUCAUUAUUUUUUGCAAUUAUUAUUAAUUAUGUAUAUGAAUUAAGCUGAGCGUUUUAAAUAAUGACAAUCAUUAUUUUAUUUUUUUGUGUACUUUUUUCUUGACUGAAAGAGUAAUGAUUAUUUGUUAAUACAAUGUUUUUUCUAUCAUAGAGGCACAAUAUAGAAUUCAGUCUUCUUAAUUCAUUAGUUCAUAUGUAGUUUAUUUAAUGAUUUGUUUAAGGGUAGAGACAAAUUUAACGGAAUUCCACGAGCGAAAAUUCGCGCGGAAUUCCGCCUCAAUGCGUAUUUGAAAGAAGAGUGCCAUUCACGCGCGUUUUUCCGUGCGUCUGCGUAGUUUUGGCAACCUUUUGUUCGUGUGUACUUACUAUCUAAUCGCAAAACCGAGGCGAAAUUUCCUUUCAGAUUAUUUGGGCGGUGGCUUUAGCGGAAAUCCGCAUGUCUUUGUGUUAGAUUUGUCCCUAAUUUUAAACUAUCCAGGUUGUUAUUAGGAACGUUUGGUAGUUUGUUCCAAGUGAAUGUUGUCAGAUAUCCUAAAACGCACUCAAUUAUGUGAAAUUAAUCAUUUAUUAUACACAACUAUCCGGUUUCUUUUAUAAAACAAAAUAUAUUAUUGAAAAUAUUUUAUAACUUUUAUUUAUCUUUUGAAAUGGCUUCACGAUAUCGUUAUCUACCCAGCUGGUAAAUGAACACAAUAAGGCUCAAGGUACAUUAUCGCAUGUAAGCGAAGAGAGGGUUGUAUAGUACUUAUACGACGUAAUGUAAAAAUGUGAAAAAUAAAAUGAAAAUUUUCCGCAAAUGUGCCCGCUUGCUCCACACGAGUAAGGAUAUUACGUAGUGAAUUUACAGUUCAGUCUACUUUGAAACAUUGUAGAAAAGAUUAACUUCGCUUCGACUCACUGCUAAUGUGCCUUUAGCCUUAUUAACACUUAUCACUUAGUGGCAUUAACAGUUUAGUUUAACAACCAUCAAGCUAGGCUGAGCGCACUACACUGUAUGUUUAGUGUUGCCAGUUGCCACCAUUAAAUAAAACUAAAUUAGUACAAAAAUAUUCUCUGUUGGUAUCCUUUAAAACUAAGUUUUUUUUUUUUAAUUUUAACAACGCCACGCCUCUGCCAUUGUACAUUAGUGUACUAGAUGUAUGCUUCACUACAUUAUAAUAAAACAAGAUAAUAAAAAUAAUUGUUUUGAAAAACUUUGUGGUUUUAAUUUGUAGCCAUAAUACAAGCUAUUUUAAUUUUCUACUACAAAAAAUAGGUAGAAUUCGACGAACCAAAAAGUGAUUAUAUAAAUAUUAAACGAGCAAUAAGAUAAAAAUAAGAAAAUAUGUACUUACAUUUUUUUAAACACCACUGUCAUAUUUUUUCUACAACAAGAAUUUUAAUGUCCGUGAUACUCACACUAUUAGGAUGGGUGUACAUUAGAUCGCGAUCAUUCUGUAGUUCCAAUAACAAUGAAACCAGUGUGAAACAUACAUUACUCAUACGUUGAAUUAUUAAGUACUAGCUGACGCCCGCGACUUCAUCCGCGUGGAUUUAGGUUGUUACAGAUCCCGUGCGAACUGUUUGAUUUUCCGGGAUAAAAAGUUGCCUAUGUCAAUUCCGGGAUAAAAAGAAAGAUUUGUUAAAAAACCAACCAUAUUUUAUUAAAUGGAAUUACAUUUUUGCAAAAUAUUCACAUUAUACUCUUAACUACACUGAAGCCUAUAGCUAUUAGAAUAAAUUACACAAUAUUAAUGUUAUAUUUUAUCACAUAAUAUAUUACUAUAUUUUAUUCUUAGAAAAUAAAUAAACUACAUUUUUAAAUAAAGUAGAAACCCAAUUAUCUGGACUUCUAAUGGACACAGCUGCGAUAAACAAAUUUGUGGAUAUAAGAAAAUAUUUUUAUAACACAAAGGCUGGCAUCAGCUUAUCUUAUACUUUGUAAUGAUAACAUUGACUUUUUUACCUUUUUUGGGCAUUUAACUAUCGGAAUUUAGCUCUCUAAAAGCCAUAAAGCAAAAUAAGAAAAUGAGUGUAAUUUUUAGUGUACAAGUGUGUCACUAUAAUUAGCAUAAAUCUGUAAAAAAUAUAGAGAUAAUAAUAUAUUAGAAUACUUACAUUACUUUUUUUUCAGUAAAACUUCUUCAGGCGUACUCGAAAGAUUGCUCGAGAGUAACUCGGAUGUUUUCGGACGGAAGUAACGUACCUACAUUACUUCCAUCGAAAAUGGCCGCCAAAUAGAUCAGAUGUUUUAAAUUCGCCAUCUUUUAUGGUGGUGCCAGUUUUUAGGUAAAAUGCAAGUAGUGAGUGCCAUAGAUUAAAAGGUCUACACGAUGUGGGUACACCUUGUGCUGAAUCAUUUUCAAAAAGUAAUUCCCACACCUUUUUUUUUACAAGGACUAUUUUUUUAUUAAUGGAAAGUCUUUGGCUUGUAUGACUAGUGAGAUAAAGUAGUUUACUUUGUUCCCUUGUGGUGUAAACAAACUCUCCAAUGUGCUCUGAGCCAAUUCACAGAUUUACGCCAAUUUUAGCGACACUUUUGGUUUACAUACUCUUAAAACUCAAAAUGUCCUUUUGUCCUUUUGACUGACAGUCAAAAUAAUCGUGUUUCUACUGUUAUAAAAACCAAAAUUAAUCAUAUCUAGAAGCCUUUUAGUCCAAGAGAGUACAUACACUCUAGUUUUGUACAUACAUAGUAUAAUCUAAAGUGUACAAGUGUGGAAAAUUCGUAUUUUGUGUAAUGGUGUGGGCGGACCCGCUAGUCCCGUUUCUCCUUCUUCUUAGUCAGAAGGUAAUGAACGCCGACGAGGGCGUUCAUU